CCUCCAUCACGCCCAAGCACCUCCACCUCCUCCCGCUAGCUACUACCACCCACCAAUACCUGCCGACAGUCACUCGCUCUCCCAGGCAGUCCUCGGCUCAAUCUUCCCCUACACUCCCUUGCCAAUUCCCCAGGGCCACGAUUAUGUCUUCGCCCAGCAUGAACGCCAUUCGCAGAAAGAAGAAUGUCAAGAAGGGAAUCCAGUUUUGCCUCAUGGUCUGCGGUGCAUCGGGCACUGGCCGUACCACCUUCGUCAACACCCUCUGCGGCAAGAAGGUUCUCGAGCACAAGGACUCCGACGACCCGACCAAUGCACACAUCGAAGAGGGCGUCCGGAUAAAGCCCGUCACCGUCGAAUUAGAACUCGACGAGGAGGGCACCCGCAUUUCUCUCACCAUUGUCGACACGCCCGGCUUCGGUGACCAGAUCGACAACGAGGCCAGCUUUGGAGAGAUUGUCGGCUACCUCGAGCGCCAGUAUGACGACAUCCUGGCUGAGGAGUCCCGUAUCAAGCGUAACCCUCGUUUCCGCGACAACCGUGUCCACGUCCUUCUUUACUUCAUCACUCCCACCGGUCACGGUCUCCGUGAGCUCGAUAUCGAGCUGAUGAAGCGCCUUUCCCCUCGUGUCAACGUCAUCCCCGUCAUCGGCAAGGCCGAUUCGCUCACCCCUGUCGAACUUGCCGAAUCCAAGAAGCUCGUCAUGGAGGACAUUGAGCACUACCGCAUCCCCGUCUACAACUUCCCCUACGACAUCGAGGAGGACGACGAGGACACCGUGGAGGAGAACGCCGAGCUGAGGAGCCUCAUGCCUUUUGCCAUCGUCGGCUCGGAGGACGUCGUCGAGGAGAACGGUCGCACGAUCCGCGCGCGGCAAUACCCCUGGGGUCUGGUGGAGGUUGACAACCCAAGGCACUCCGAUUUCCUGGCCGUGAGGAGUGCGCUGCUCCACAGCCACUUGGCGGAUCUCAAGGAAAUCACGCACGACUUCCUCUACGAAAACUACCGUACCGAGAAGCUGUCCAAGAGCGUGGAGGGUGGUGCUGCUGCCGAUUCGUCGAUGAACCCCGAAGACCUGGCCUCGCAAUCCGUGCGCCUGAAGGAGGAGCAGCUGCGCCGCGAAGAAGAGAAGCUUCGUGAGAUCGAGCUCAAGGUGCAGCGCGAGAUCCAAGAGAAGCGCCAGGAGCUGCUGGCGCGCGAAAGCCAGCUCAAGGAGAUCGAGGCGCGGAUGCACCGGGAGCAGAGCCAGCCGCUCGGCGCGGACGGCGAGAGCGAGGAGGUUUGAGCAGCGGCAGCAAACGACGAACAGUCGGCAAGAUGACACGCGAUGGGUGUACCAGUACGGCCUUUUUUCUCUUUUUCUCUAUUCGGUUGCAGCAUGUCUUUCGAAGCCUUGGUAUCCUGGUCCACGCGCGAGAAGGUGGGGUGGGGACAGACAGGACAGGACCAAAAAACGUUACGCAGCAGGUGCUGGGGAGUGCAGAGCUUUUUGCAGGAUUGUCUCUUGUUUUGUCGUUUUUUGGGGCUGAAAAGUAAUUCCGCCAAGGGCAAACCCUAAGCCGUCGUCGUCAUCAUUCACGCGUUCUUGCGACUUUAGUAGUUUUUCACUGCCCCUCCCUCUCACCCCGAUUACCCUCCUCGUCGUCUUUUUCCUUCUCUUUUUUCUGUUUCAUAAGUCACUAAGCCGAACAACAACAACCCCCAGCUUUAUAUUUCCUGCUUUUUGGCUUCUCGAGUAU